GUCCAACCCCUCCAACUCGUAUCUCACACCUCCCAAAUCCACCAAAAUGCCCCCCUUUACAAUAACAACCACCGGCCACGCCAGCAUCGCGCGCCCCGCCGAACGGGGCACCCUCCGCCUCAGCAUCGCCGACAGCGGCGCCGAGCCCAAAACCGUCUCGUCCAACGUCGUCUCCUGCACAAACACACUGAAAUCGCUCAUAAAGCCCCUAUAUACGCGCACGGCCUCCGGCGAGAUAGCCCCCGACGCAAAAGUCACACACUGGUCGCUGGGCACAUUGUCAACAUACUCGUACGCCGUCGCAGACCGGCGCGAUCGAAAGAAGAUUGAACAGCGCGUGUUCCACGCGAGUACGAACAUGGAAGUGAAAUUCCGCGAUUUCACCGCGCUGGCGCAUUUCGCGAGUGAACUUGCGGCGCUUCCGCUCGUUGAUGUCGACGGUGUGGACUGGGCGCUUACGGAGGUGAGUAAGCGGGAACUUGCACGGCGCGUGCGAUCACUUGCUGGGCGGGAUGCGCUUGAGCGCGCGGAGGACUAUGCGGGGACGUUUGGGAAGGAUAGGGUGUUUGUGAGCGAGGUUGUGGAGGAGGGGAGGGGUGGCUAUGGUGGCGUUGCGUAUGGGGUUGUUUCGAGUAGGCGGGCUGGGGCGCCAGGGGGGAGGCGUGGUGGGGAUGGUGAUGGGGAAGGGCGAGAGGGGUUGGAGUUUCGGCCGGAGGAGGUGGAGGUGAGUGCGGAGGUUACGGUCAAGUUUGUUACUGAGUAGGAGAAUGAAGAGAUAUCGAAUAGAGAAGAGGCUAUCCGAUCGCAUUUUAUGUCUAGAACAAUGCUCGCUAUCUAAGGAAGAGUCUAUGGAAGAUACAGUACAUCAAUGAAGCCAUCAACCAACAAAUCACCACCAGCACAGAAUUCCUAGAUCUUACUAUCCAGCAUGACAUCCAAAGACUCUUCCCUAAUCUAGCUCUUGAGAAAUUGCCCCAUCUCCUGAAGAGCAAAAGCCAC